AUGGCUUCAUCUAGUUCUCCUACUUUCCUUGGCCUCCCGCGAGAGGUACGCAACAAGAUCUAUCGCGCAGCGCUGUGCACAUUCGAGCCUCGACCGUCCACGAUUUACCCACCACCAGAUGUGAGCGUCGCUCCUACCUUCAUGAACGAACUUGCCAUCGUCGAACAUGACAUUGAUACCUCCAUCCUCCUUGUUUCAAAGCAGAUUCAUCAAGAAGCAUACGACGUUAUGGUCAAGAAAAACCGAUUCGUUCGCGUCACAACAUCUGGCGGGUUUCCUCUACGACUUCUUCUCAAUCACCUUCGCGUCCCGGUAGUCACUGAAGUCAAAGAGAGCGUCGAUAACUUCCAAGGCUACGUGCUGUCAGUGACCUUGACAUUUCCAAAGGAGGUGGGUCAGGCGUUCCAGGACACGCCGUUCUCAGUGGAGCCGUGCAGCUUGAUGUUGCUCAGCCGUGACAUGGAUGUUUUGUGCGACGUCUUGAUGGAUGGAGAUACACAUCUACCGGGCUUUGGCACAAAUGUGGCCAUCAAGAUUGCGGUGGCCCCAGGCAGUAUUCUGUCCUCUUCGUCUUAUAAGGACCCGAUAUCAGACUUUUUCUCUGAAAAAACUCAGCAGAUCCGGGGUCUUGUCUUCCGCUCCAUCGCCGAAGCUGUCGAGGAGGAGUUGGCUCAAGACACUGCGUCGGAUCCGGAAGCUGUCUUAUCUAAGUUUCAGAGCUUGAAGGACGAAGGUCAAAGCCUUUUUAGGUCGAAACAAACAGAGGCCGCGAACUUGAAAUGGAUGGACGCUGCGCUUGAGAUCGAGCAACUGCACGAGAGCAGCUCAUGGCCAGUGCUUACUGGAAAGAGUGGUGAAACUCUUUUUGCUCGCCUGGCCGAGCUCUAUUUCUUGAUGAAGCUCAAUAUUUCUCAUAUCAACCUGGCGAACAUGGAGAAGGGAUACGUUAUGCAGAUGUGA